AUGACGCCGGAGGAGAGGAGCUUGCCGGACAACGCUCUCGACAGCCUGGCCUGGGCACGGUGUUUCGAAGACGAGCGCGCUGUUGAGCUCGUGUGGACGGCAACCGCUCGAGCGGCCGCUUCAACACCGUCGGCCGCCGUGCCUGGUGGCGGUGGGCAUGGCGCCGGCGCCGACCCUGCAGAGGGCGCCGGAAAGGACCGCGGCGUCCGGAAGCUCGCGCACCGGAUCGUCAUCUGUCGUCGCGUGCACGAGCUCGGCCGCACCCGCGCCUCCUUCCGGAGGCUCGCCCGCCACCCGCUGCCGCCACAGGCACCUCCGCUCCCGCUCCUCCUCCCACUCCUCCUCCUCGCCGUCGCGCCGCCGCCGCCGGCCGCCGCGGUGGGCGUGAACUGGGGCUUCGCGGCGUCCCACCCGCUCCCGGCGGCGCAGGUCGUGCGCGACCUCCUCCUCCCCAACUCCGUGCCCCGCGUGCGCCUCUCCGCCGCGUCGCCCGACGCGCUCGCCGCCCUCGCCGGCACCGGCGUCGCCGUCACCGUCGGGGUCCCCAACGAGCUGCUCCGCCCCCUCGCCGCCUCCAGGAAGGCCGCCGCCGCCUGGGUCCACGACAACGUCACCCGCUACGCCCCCGGUGUACUGUUCGAGUAUAUUGCUGUUGGAGACGAUCCAUUUCUUCUGAACCAUGGGCAGCAGUUUCAACCUUUUGUGGUUCGUGCAGCAGCAAAUAUUCAACAGGCAUUGGACGAUGCAAAGUUAUCCAGCAAGAUGAAAGUUGUUGUGCCUUGUAGCUCCGAUGCAUAUCAGAAUGCAUCUACUCUGCCUUCCAAAGCUUACUUCAGGCCAGAUGUUAACAAAACCAUGGCUGAGCUCCUCACGUUUCUUGCUAAUCACAGUUCACCGUUUAUGAUCGAGCUGAAUCCGAUUUUGAGCUUUCGACAGAAGAAGAAUAUUUCCUUGGACUAUUACCUGUUCCAACUAAUGUCACGUCCAUUAAACGAUGGUCUUAACAAGUAUGACAACUACUUUGACGCGAGCAUAGAUGCUGUGGUCACUGCUCUAACUAAAGCCAGUUUCAGUAACAUGAGCAUCAUGGUUGGGAGAGCAGGAUGGCCAACAGAUGGAGCUGUGAAUGCAACUCCAGCUAUUGCCCAAUCCUUCAUGACAGGCCUGGUUAACCACCUGGCGAGAAAAUCUGGGACACCACUUCGCCCGAAAUUUGUUCCAACUGAGACAUACCUCUACAGCCUUCUAGACGAAGAUCAACAAAGUACAGCAAGCGGAAGUUACGAGAGACACUACGGUGUUUUUACGUUUGAUGGCCAAGCCAAAUAUCAUGUCAACUUGGGCCAAGGUCCUAAGGCUCUCAAGAAUGCCGUUGAUGUGGACUAUCUUCCGUCGAAAUGGUGCGUGCUGGAUGACAACAAGGAUUUGUCCAAUGUUUCUUCCAGUUUUUCCGCCGCUUGCUCCAACGCCGACUGUACUGCUCUGUCACCUGGUGGCUCCUGCACAAGUAUUGGCUGGCCUGGGAAUGUGUCGUUUGCCUUCAACAGCUACUAUCAGCAGCAUGAUCAGAGUGGUGAGAGCUGCAGCUUCAAUGGCCUAGGUUUGAUAACCACCGUUGAUCCAUCUGUCGAUAAUUGCCUGUUUGCACUUGCAAUUCGAGCUUCUGCUUCUACUUCCCUUCACCCGACAUUUUCCAUGUUGUGGAUACUAGCUUUGGGGUUUUUUCAUUUACAGUUUAGUCUGAUGUAGCUUCCUAGCCUUUUUUUUGGCUAC